CUUGGUAUGAACAUCUUAUCUCUUCCUUCCGUCUAGGACUGAUCAUUUGAGAGGACAUUCGAAAGAAGUUCAAAAACUGAGAUCAAAUCAUCUACAUCUGGAGUUUCGUUUCUCUCACCAAGUAGUGAAUUACUGGAACUCCUACCAGAACACGUAAUAUCAGCACCUUAUGUUGAUAUAUUCAAAACGAGAUUGGACUUUCGCAGUGUUAAAAGCUGCAAGGAUUAAUGUAGGUCGAUAGACCUCUUAUCUUUGUUACUGAGGGCUGAUUAGUGGAGGGUAUUCGUCGUAUACGCUACAAGGGCGGGAUCGAUUUGCAAGGUUUCCAGUACGAAAAUGGUCACUUCGUAGCUAUGAAAGUUACCUGCCAUAAUGCGUCUAGAGCUUUCAAAUGCUCAUUCGUAGCUUCCUUUUGCACUCAACUCAGUUUAUUUGGAACAGUAAUAGUUCUGCAUUAAAAGACUCAUAGAUUCCUUAGCCAAUUACAAUGCUUUUUAUAAAUGCUGUAUAAUCGCUCAGCAGCUACGAUUCUUAUUAUCUGCGAAUUCUAUGCUGUUGAAUAGCUAGUAUGGCUACAAGCAAUUUGGUUGACUUCAAACUACCUCAGUUAAAAAUACACACGUUUUAACACGCACUAACAAGAAAUACGGGCCAAGUACUUGCCGAGUAAGACAUAGACGACGUAACUGGAGCUCACACACUUCUCGUUUGUCACCAUGUAUAGAGGAAUCAUCUAAAGUUGAUAGCAUGGUAACCAGUUCGCUCAAUGGUUCUCCUGAACGCUUAUCAUCGAAUCCCCCUUCACUAGAAAGUAGUAGCUCGUGCAGUUUAGCCUCUUGUUAUGGGGUAUCAGCUCCGUUUAUCCGCCCCUCCAUGCCUCCUGGUCCACCAACGUCACCUGUUCCGAGCCCGCCACCUACUCCUGUAACACUUGGUGCUGUUGUGGAAGCUCCAACAAAUCCUGUUUCUGAGCCUCGACAGCUUGAUUCUAUUUCUAACCUUCCAGCCGUACUCCGUAAUCGUUUUAGACGACGUCGAAAUGCUAUUUGUGAAUCCUCUGCUCUUGGACAGGGAUUAAAAGACUUCUUUGCUUCUUAUGUGGUUUCUAAUUUAACUGACUCUAUGACAUCAUCACUAAGUUUGGGAUCAUCUUCUGCAUGUCCCGUGUUCAAAUCUUCAUUACAACCGCAUCUUCCGAACACAAUUUCACGUUUGGCUCACAGCGACUGUGUCACAUCACCUGUGUGUUUGAUCGAUAGCGAGUCACAAUCUGAAAGUCUGUGAUACAAAUUUAUCCUACCAGUUUUCAAUUAUCAUCAGACGGUAUUUAGUUCACUUUUUGUAGUUUCUUAAAGUGAUUUUUUUCAAUUUAAUAUUUCACAUUAUUAGAUAAUUUUAACACGACCAUUGGCAUUUGUUUACCCUUAAGUAUGUAUGCAUACUUUACCUGUAUACGAGUCUUUCUGUACUCAUUGCUCAUCCUAUGUAAUUUUUUUCUUAAACAUGUCUAUAAUUUCCACCUGCUACCAGCUAAUAGCUGUGAUUUAUUAAAAAUAUUUCAAAAGUAUUUUGUUUUUAUAUAGAUUGUGUUAUUAUGCUCGGUUUUACUUCGUCUAAUGUUAUAAAGGUUGGGUCUCCGCGUUUGCACGUAUGGGACGUUAAUUUACCUUAGACGAAUAUCUACACUAGAUGCCCUCCCAGGACUUUAACAUAACUCAGAUCAAGAACACGUGAUUAACCUGACCACAACGUAAAUAUAUUUCCACACCAAAACCCGACACAAUCCAACAACAAUGAACAAUCAGUAAUAAGUGAGUAAUAAAAAUAAGGAUAAGGGAAUAUAUAACUCAUCUGACACCUGUCAGACUAUCUACAUGUCUGACUAAACAGACAACCAGUCAUUAUCAUUUUCGCCCACACAUCAGAUUGUUACCAAAUAUUUUCAUAUCUUUGCUGCCUAAGUUGGCGUUUCGUUAAAAAAACUAAUAUCCCACCAGAAUAGUUAUCAGUAAUCCCUUUACGUCCGAAAAUUGAGUACAUAAUUCUUCUGGUUGUGGUUUUGGGUAGGAGUUUCAAGAUGGGUUUUUCAGUCAUCGACCUUCAACGUUUCACCAAACUUUACUCAAGGCGAGGCCAUUUCGUAUAUUUAUGUUUCCCUGAAUGUUAUCUUCGAUGCCUUAUGUUUUCAAUUGCCGAUGGUACUGUUAUUACCUCUACUAUUCUGGGAUUAAGCCUGAAAUUCUUUAUCUCUCUUUGCCGUGUUAUGGGGACUUGAACAGAUGUACAUAUGUACCAGGUUCUACUUUAUGACUGCAACAUCGCCACUAUCUGUUGGGAUUUAGUGUGAAUGUAAUUGAAACUGUAAUGUAUGUAUUCAAAUUUCUCCUAAUUACGAUUAUGGAAAUGCAAGAAAAUAAAAUAAUGAUAAAUUUAAAGUAUAUCUGCUCUUUAGUAAGGCAGAAAUUGAAUGCGACUCCACUUCCAUGUAUAUAUCUCAUCUAGGAGAUCACUUUCUAUUGUUUCUGCUUUCCAAGGCACCGCUCUAAUUACUGAAAUUGUCCCAUGAUGCGGAUUUGUAGUUAUCAACAUCUGUUCUAUGUCAUCGAAUGUAUUUCGACACAGAAUUAUUGUAGUAGAUAUCUCUUGCCAUAUUUGAUCACUUCUAGGUAAUCCUAAAACUAAAGUUAUACAUCAAAAAC